UCGCAGAUCUUACCAUCUCAAAAUUACUAACUCAUCCAUUACAGAACAUUGAUAUUGAUGUCUGAUGAUCAUUUAAUGUGUGUGGGCUCAGCUUUCAUUAUCAAAUUCAGAACAAAAUGAUGAGCUCUCAUCUACCCAAUAAGAACUACUUUACUUCCAUAUUAAAGGAGUCAACCUUGUCUACUCUUUUCUGUCUCUCCUAUGCUGUUAAAAACACAAGUAUCAUAAACUCAGAUAGGAAUGGAGAAAUUUGGGAAAAGGUUUCAAGGGAAAGUGGUGAUAGUGACAGCUUCAACACAAGGUAUUGGAUUUAGCAUAGCUGAGAGGCUUGGUUUUGAAGGUGCUUCUGUUGUUAUCUCCUCUCGUAAGCAGAAAAAUGUAGAUGAAGCAGUAAAGAAACUGAGUAAUGAAGGAAUUGAAGUGUUGGGAUUAGUAUGUCAUGUCUCAAAUGCACAAGAGAGGAAGAAUUUGAUACAGAAGACCAUUCAGAAAUAUGGUAAGCUAGAUGUGAUUGUGUCAAAUGCUGCUGUCAGUCCUUCACCUGAUGCAAUACUAGAAACUAAAGAAUCAGUCCUUGACAAGCUGUGGAAUAUCAAUGUCAAAGCCUCUAUACUAUUACUACAAGAUGCAGCUCCUUACCUUAAGAAAGGUUCAUCAGUUGUUCUAAUUUCCUCAAUUGCUGGUUUCUCACCACCAGCUUUAAUGGGUAUGUACGGGGUGACAAAAACCGCGCUUUUUGGACUUACUAAGGCUCUCGCAUCUGAAAUGAGUCCGCAUACUCGUGUAAACUGUGUAGCACCGGGUUUUGUACCUACACACUUUACUGAUUUCAUCACAAAGAAUGAACAUUUGAGGAGAGGGAUUGAGAGUGAGACAUUACUCAAUAGGCUUGGAACAACACAAGAUAUGGCCGGAGCUGUUGCUUAUUUGGCUUCUGAUGAUGCUGCUUAUGUAACCGGAGAAACUCUGGUUGUCGCUGGAGGAAUGCAUUCUAGACUUUAACUUUUUUAUUGGUCUCCUUCGGGAUAGUAUGCUAUCCCCUUUAGACUUUAGUGUUUACUUCAAUGCAUUUUAUAAAUUGCUACUUGUUUGAGACCCCACUUGUUGUACUACUUGUUUUAGACAUUGUGUGUCGGUGCUACACUAUAUUAUCCUUCCCAACCAA